GCGAGCAGUUUGUCGUAGAGCGAAAAAGAGGAAACGACAGAUGAGAAAGUAAGAGAGAUCUCCGCGCAGAAAAUUAAGCAGAAGACAGUGGCAGCCAUUUUUCCCUGACAUUGCUGUUUCUGCGGCUCCGUGGUGCUAAUUGUCAUUAUUACUUAAACGAUCUUUAAGGCGGAGCAGUAAAAAGAGGUACGGUGGCAGUACAGGAUUGCGGUGUUGUUGUGCACACCGAGAUAUAAAAAUAAGAGCGGUGCUAGAUAACGAUAAGAGGAAUAUAGAGACGUCAAUGGUACGGCGUGGCUCGAAGUGACGAAGUGCGUGUGUAAACGAUCCGCACAGAAAGUAGUGGGGCUCGAUCAUAGUUGGCUGAGUGGACAGGCGAAAAGGAGGAGCUGCCGACAAACGGGAAGGGUGUUACAGGAGACGACAGCGACGGCAACGGUGACGACAACGACGAACACGACGACAACGACGGCUACGCUACGACAACGGCAACGAUCGCGGAAACGGAGUUACGGUAGCCCAGCCUAGGUGGCCCUAUUUUUUGGUUUCUUCCUUAGAAACCCUGUUCAAUCGGAAUCGUUAGUAUAUUGUGCACAGUGCACACGAUCACGCGCCACCGCGUACAUCAGCGCCACGAGAUGGAGAGGCGAGCUGCUUUUGUGCUGCUGGGGAUGCUAUAUUUAGCGGGCACCCUCGUCACGGUCCAGGCAGUAACCUACAAGGGGUUGGCGUCGAUCGUGCACGAGGGCCAGCCUUGGUGGAUCGAGUGCAAAGACCUGAAGCCGGACGAUCUGAUUAGAUGGACGAGAAACGGGCAGUCGCUCGAGCCGGAAUUGGCGAGUGGUCAGCUGGUCGUCCACUCGCCGGUCGGCACAGGAAGCAGCACGUUGACGGCGAUGCACGCGACGGACAGCCACGACGGAGACUACAAGUGCACCCCGGAUAGCAGCGAGGUCUUCCACUUGUGGAUAUAUGUCGACAUCAAGAUUAAAGUACUUACACCGAAGGAUGCGCCUAUGACACUGGAGUGUGGAAACAGAAGUGCCGGUGAGAAGUUGCAAUGGUUCAAAGAAAACGUUCCGCUACACACAGCCUUGGCUGGUAGCGAGGAUCUGUUCAAGUUGGACAACGACACCGGUACUCUGGAGCUUCUGAAGAGUGCAGAAGUGUUGUACGGAAAUUACAGUUGCAAAGGAUCUAACUCCUCCACAGAAUACAGGAUCGUAUCAAAACCCACGGCACACUUGCCCGAUUCGACGAGCGUGGUGGAAGGAGAGAAGCUGCAUUUAGUUUGCGCCGGUAAACAGAGUCCUGGCAUUAAGGUAUCCUGGACGUUUGGUGAUCAGAACUACACGCGCAGCAAGGGCCGCGUGAAGCUUGGACGGGACCAGGAAAGAGGCAUCUACGGCGCGGUUCUAAUCGUCGAGAACAUCGAAAUGAACGAUCGUGGCAGCGUGUACUGCAGGGUAUCUUACAAUUGGUCCGACACCGCCGAGGAUCACAUAGCAGAGGCCCAAACAUUCCUUAGGGUCAAAGACAAGCUUGCCGCACUCUGGCCCUUCUUAGGCAUUUGCGCGGAGGUCGUUGUUCUGUGCGCCAUCAUUCUAAUUUACGAGAAGAAACGAAACAAGGCUGAACUCGAAGAAUCCGAUACGGAUCAGAGUCCUGACACCAAGCCAACGCCCAACAAGGAUUCCGACGUUAGGCAGAGAAAGUGAAGCAACGAAGGAAAAGCGGCGGAUGAAUGAGAGCAGCGAGAUGCAGGAUAGCAGCAACGGAUAUGGAGAACGAUCGUGGGCAUCUGCCGGAGUGACAAUACAUAGCUGUACAAGAGAGAUAAGGAUGGAUGGAAGCUGAUCAUAAAGUUUCCAUUAACCACAGAAAGACAUCGUUCGAGGAUAACGAAAUAAAGAGAUUAAUCGAUGUAAAGAAAGGGAUUGAUCGUUUUCAAAGUGAGGGACAGGGUGUGUAGCGCCUCUAAUCGAGAGCCCCCAGCCAGGUACCCUUGUUCGUUUCACGAGUGCAUACCUGCGUGAAGAAAACAGGCUUUGCCUGUGCACACAGAAAAUGUACACGCACGCGCGGUAUUACACAAUUUACUAACAAAUUUAAAUUAAGCCUUACUAUCGUGUUCACUUCAUUUAUCAGAUGUUCGCCUGUCCGUUAUCUCUAUUACACUGCUUUGAUCGACGGUCGGAGAAGAAAGAAAAAUAUAAUAUUAUGUGCUCUGCUGAUCUUUACGCGUUGUAUGUGUCCUUCGAAUGAUGACGAGUGAGCGAUUAAGCCGGAUGAAGAGUAAUGACGAUGAAAAUAGAUACCUAAAACGAAGAGAAAGGGCGUGAGAAAAAUGAAUGUACGUAUGAGAAUCUAUGUGUGUACGUGUAUGUAAGUUUGUGCAUGCUUGCAUGCGCUUGAAUGACAGAAUGCGAUAGUGACGAAAAAAAUGAAUACAAAAAGAAUAUAUAAAAAAAAUAAAUAAAAUAGCCGGAUCAGCAUACCCGCCAAAAGCAAUUUGAAACGAGCGGAUUGAAAAUUCGUUUCUCUCUGCUUGUAAGAAAUAUACACACACAUAUAUAUAUAUAUAAUAAAUAUAUGCUAUGUUCGAAAACGCAUUUAUUCGCUAACGUACUUUUUACGGUACUCUCUUUUUUUCCUCAAAAAAGGGAUGAUAGAAAUUCUUUUUCUAAGGGGGUGUGCUUUGGCGGGUAUGCCCUCCACGUGACUCGGAACGUGUAGAGACCCCUGUUUCUCAUAUUUCGCACCGUGUGACCGAAGAGAAUAUAAAAAAAUAAAAAGAUUUUACGGUAGGACCGAGAUAAAAAAAAAUUAUGUGCUCGAUAAACUAGUUACGUAAUAAUAGAAUCAGGAGAGGCAAUGCGUGCUAUAAUUGGCUUCCGAACACCACAGACUUUCGGAAGUAUUUGAAAAAGCUUACCUGGUGGCGCCGCCUUAUUAUAAUUAUUGUAAUUAUUACUAUUAUUAUUAUUAUUAUUAUUAUUAUGGUUAUUGUGAACAAUGAUGAUGAUGAUCUUGAUUAUUCCAUCGGUCAUGGAAAAGGAAAUAAAACACGUCGGAAGUCAUGGUUCUGCGCGCGACGCCGUUGUUAACGACGUUAUAAUGUAAUAUUAAUACUGUAAUAUUAUUAUUGCCAUCGUUAUUACUACUGCUACUAUCGUUAUUAUGAUUAUUACAAGUAUUAUCGUUAAUUUUACCACUAUUGUAAUAAUUUAUAAUCCGUACCAACACGAUUGUCCGUCGACAGUGUCGUCAUUGUAAGUAUUACAAUUUCUAUAUUCAUUAACGGCUAGCAUAAACUUUAGGUGCUCUUAGUGCGAUACCUUUUUCUUUGUUUCUCUCUUACGGGUGCUGUUUUGCUGCGUCAACUUCCGUCACUGUUGUCCCUAGCGCUGUCACCAUCUUUGUCGAUACUCGAGCUACGAGCAAGAUAAUUAUAUUCAUGAGUUUUCAUUUUUCUCUUAA